CAUCUUUCUCAAUCCCUCUCCAUAUCUCUUCUUCAUUACCUCUCUAAACCAAAUCAAGAAAUUAAAGAAAAACACAAAUAUGCAACUCCUCCUUUCGCUUCUGAUUAUGUUCGUCCUCCAUGUCCAUCCAACCCUCUCCGGCAGAUAUCUCCUCCCGGAAUACAGAGCCCUCCUCUCCAUCAAGUCCUCCAUCACUCACGACCCACAAUCAGCUCUUUCUACGUGGAACGCCUCCACUAGCCACUGCACCUGGUCGGGUAUUACAUGCCACCCUUCCCGUCGUCGCGUGACAAUCCUCGACCUCUCAGACCUUCGUCUCUCUGGUACUCUCUCCCCAGACCUGGCUCAUCUCCGUUUCCUCUCCAACCUCUCCGUCGCCUCCAAUCAACUCUCCGGGGCCAUCCCCGUCGAGCUCUCUUCCCUCUUCGCCCUCCGUGUCCUCAAUCUCUCCGACAAUCGCUUCAACGGCAUCUUCCCCUCCCAGCUCUCCCUCCUCAAGAACCUUCAGGUUUUGGAUCUCUACGACAACGACAUGACCGGUGACUUGCCCUUGGCCGUCACUCAAAUGCCCAACUUACGCCAUUUGCAUCUCGGCCGUAACUUCUUCUCGGGUGGGAUCCCGUCCCAGUACGGGCAAUGGGAGUUCCUGGAAUACUUGGCGGUAUCCGGUAACAUGCUCCAAGGUCCUAUACCGCAGGAGAUAGGAAACUUGACCAACCUCAGGGAGCUCUACAUUGGACAGUACACCAAUAUGUACGAAGGUGGCAUACCCCCAGAGAUCGGGAACCUAUCGGAACUAGUUCGUUUCGAAGCCAACGGCUGUCUUAACUUAUCCAGUGAGAGCUUCCCCUCCCAGCUCUCCCUCCUCAAGAACCUUCAGGCUUUGGAUCUCUCUCACAACCGCAUGACAGGUGACUUGCCCUUGGCCGUCACCCAAAUGCCCAACUUGCGCCAUUUGAAUCUAGGUGGUAACUAUUUCUCAGGUCGGAUAACGCCCCAGUUCGGGCAAUGGAAAUUCCUAGAAUACUUGGACGUAUCCAAUAACGAACUCGGAGGUCCUAUACCGCAGGAGAUAGGAAAUUUGACCAACCUCAGGGAGCUCUACAUUGGGUACUCAAAUAAGUAUGAAGGUGGCAUACCCUCGGAGAUCGGGAACCUAUUGGAACUAGUUAUUUUCGAAGCCAGAGACUGUAACUUAUCCGGCGAGAUACCACCGGAGAUCGGGAACUUGGUGAGCUUGAAAUCCUUGGACUUGUCGUAUAAUGUUUUUACAGGCGAGAUUCCUGAGUCUAUUGGCGACAUGCCGGAACUGGAGGAGUUGAGGUUGUGGGAGAACAACUUUACCGGGAUCAUUCCUCAGAGGCUGGGAAAGAAUGGGAAGCUUCAGCUUCUUUAUCUUUCAUGGAAUAAACUGACUGGUACUCUGCCUCCUGAUAUGUGUUUUGGGAAUCGGCUUGAGACUCUGAAUACUGAGGAAAAUUUAUUGGUCGGUCCAAUCCCGGACUCACUCGGGAGGUGCGAGUCGCUGUCUGAGAUACGAAUGGAGCACAACUUUCUCAACGGUUCAAUGCCAAGAGACCUCUUCGGUUUGCCCAAUCUCACCCACGUGACGCUGCAGAAUAACCGUUUGACUGGGAAGUUUCCCAUUUCCUCGAGAAACAAUUCUAAAUUGUUUACACUAGAUAUUUCUGACAACAAGAUUCAUGGGGAGCUACCUAGUUGGAUCUGGAGACUUCCCAAUCUUAAAGCUUUGAAUCUUUCUCAUAAUUGUCUAGAGACUCUAGAUGUCAAUUUAAAUUCUCCCAACACUUCCCGAUCCUCGUUGAGCACCUUAGACCUUCACUCCAACCAGCUCCAAGGGCAGCUUUCAACUCUCCCACUGGAAUUUGGAGUAAGUUCAACUCUCCCACCGUCCGCUUACACUCGUCUGCCUGCCACCUCUGUUUUCUUAUCUAGGAAUAAAUUUGACGGGUCAAUUCCUACGUCACUGUGCAACAAUGCCGAUCUUCGUGCUCUAGAUUUGUCCCAUAAUCACUUGACUGGCACGAUUCCCCAAUGCUUAAUUGAAAAGAGUACAAGACUAACGGUAAUGGAUUUAGGGGGAAACAAUCUUAUUGGCGUAAUUCCUGAUUCCUUUCCAGACAAUUGUAAUUUACAAGCUUUGCUUAUGAAUGGAAAUCGACUAGAAGGAGAGCUACCAAAAUCCCUGGCCAAGUGCAAUACAACGUUGGAGGUUUUGGACGUCAGCAACAACCACAUUCAGGAUACCUUCCCAUGUUAUUUGAAGAACAUAUACACAUUGAGAGUCCUUAUUUUGCGAUCUAACCAAUUUUAUGGAUCUAUUAAUUGUCUAGGCGCUAAUUCCACGUGGUCCAACCUUCAAAUUUUAGACUUGGCCUCAAACCAUUUUGUUGGUAAGUUUCCAAUACGUUACUUUUCUAGCUGGAAGGCAAUGAUUGAAACUGAAAAUAAGACUGGAGAUCCCGAAGAUAUAGGGGCAAAUCUCUAUGACGGCUAUCAAAUGACAGUAAGAGUUACAUUAAAAGAUCAAGAAUUGGAGUUGGAGAAGGUCCUAACUAUCUACACCUCACUUGACCUGUCGUGCAACAGUUUUGAUGGACAUAUACCUGCAGAAAUAGGAGAAUUCAAAGCCCUAUAUGCCCUCAACUUAUCUCACAAUGCUUUUACAGGUAAAAUCCCACAAGCUUUAGGAAAGUUGAGUCAGCUUGAGUCACUAGACUUGUCGAGCAACAAACUCAUUGGAGAGAUUCCUCUCCAACUUGCAGACGGUCUUAUUUUCCUGUCAACCCUUAACCUUUCCUUCAAUCAAUUGGUGGGAAAGAUUCCACAGAUCAAGCAAUUUACUACAUUUACAGAAAGUUCAUUUGAAGGAAAUAUACGAUUAUGUGACUUUCCUAUGAAAGAAAAAUGCAUACAUGAAGAAUUGGGACCGUCACCUCCUCCAUCUGAAGAACCUCAUUCGUAUUCUGGGAAUUCAAUUGAUUGGGACUUCUUAAGUGCUGAAUUGGGAUUUGUUUUCGGCUUUGGGAUUUAUAUUGGACCUCUUAUAUUUUGGAAGAGGUGGAGGAAACGCUACUAUAAACAUGUCGAUGACAUUGUUUUUAAGAUGUUCCCUCGGGCAUACAUAAGAAUAGAGAAUCAUCGAAGGCGAGCACACAGGAAUCAAGGACGACAAGCACGAAGGAAUCAAGGUAGGAGGGAUUAGUGAUAGAUACAAGGAGCAAUGCUAGUCAAUGAUGUCAGAUUCUCAAGGUGAAGGUAUCAACAUUGAAGUUUCUUUUAUGUCCAAACAGGCCGCCUUCUAUUUGUGAUCAAGUGACAAUCUAUAGUCGAAAGAUGCCCCAAGAGAUGCACUCUGUGUUUCUUUGUAUUACGUAACAGGCCAAGCCUUGUUCUAGUGUACUAUUCUUCGGUGUUUUAAUUUCUGGUGAUGGGCUGAUUUUGUUGAAUUAUAUGUGGAAUUGUGAAUGCGAAUUGUGGAAUUUUUGGUAAUUUAAUAAUAUUUUAUUAUUAUUUUAGCUAA